AUGGCCACCAGCGAGCGCAUAAUCGUACACAAGAGUCUGUUCACGAGACUAACCCUGUCAUCCGUCGCAGCUCGGCGCGCCAGUAAGAACUACGAACAGAACACUCGCAUGUGUCCACUAUACAUUCUGCCAUACGAAAUCGUCCAACACGUUGGGAAGCACCUGGACUAUGCGGACCUUACUUGCUUCGCACUAUCAAGCUAUAAAUAUGCCGAUGCUCUUCUCUCUGUACGUGCUUCAGUAUCUGGCGACGAAGCGAUGGUCAAAGAGGUUACCCACCGACGAAACAGAGACCACUUCAACGGUCGAGAUCACUGCCUCAUCACCUGGAUAGCACGGGGACUGGGACAAAUGUAUUGCGUGGGCUGCUCUACUCCACACAUGCCCUCUCGAUUUCCCGAAAACACAAUGGCACAAUCAGCACACUUGCGCAAAUGCUUCCGCGCCAGCGACGGGCCGUUGCACAUGUGUCCACACAACGAGUUUACGUUCCAGGAACUAGCUGGCAUACUGCGGAAGAACGAGAAGCGAGGUCGCCGGAACAAGUAUGGCGAGUUCUUCCACUGCAUGGAGUGCUACGAAAGCUUCUACACGAUCAAUCGCUCCGGCCGAUGCAUGCAUCCUCCCACGCUUUACCUCAUGCCCGGCACGUCGACAGUCAUCCUCCGAACCAAGACUCUGCUCCUGUCCAUACCCUGGACGGAAUCCGUCACGGUGCAAAAGACACGCGACGCACUGUUGUGCCUGCUCCUAAUCAUAUGUCCUCACAUGAACGCCUUCGAUCCCACCACUAUCAACCGCUUGAUAGGGCAACGGAAGAAUAUCAUGAUGGAAGGCUGCUCGUCGGGCCGCAUCAGCAUCGAAUGCCUAGUCUGCCAAACCACAUUCAGCAUCAGGCGAAAGAUUCCAUACAGCGAGGUGACCGUGGAAAUCGAACGGAGACUCGGCCAGGUUAGGUGGGAGGGCGACCCCAUUUGGAGAGCCCAUCUCCCCAGAAGGGAUGACUGGUGGCCUCGAUUGGUAGCUACUUGA